AUGAUAGACUCAAAACAGCAGCACAAUGGUCUGCCUUCUACAUUUUUAGGUCAGUCUGGAAUAGGAUAUAAAAUAUGUGAUAGACUUGGAGCAGGAAGCGCUUCGGUGGUUUUCAGAUGUAAAUCAGUGGGGAGAGUGCGAGAAGAUGGAAUAAUGAUGCCGAUAGAUGAGGCGUACUUUGCUGUCAAGAUUAUUGAUAUGAAGUCUAUAUAUUUGACUCCAGAUUUUAAGGAUAAGAAAAAUAAGUUAUUGGAAGAGGCAAUGAUCUUACAAAAAUUAAGACACCCGAAUAUUGUAAGUUUGAUUGAUUUUUCAGACUCUGGGGACACAUUUUAUUUGGUUAUGGAUUUGGUUCAAGGAGGAGAGCUUUUUUACAAAAUUGUUGAAUGUGGUUCACUUUCAGAAUCCAGUGCAAGAUUUAUAUUAAAACAAGUUGUAGAAGCUUUGAUGUAUAUGCAUCAAAAGGAGAUAAUUCACCGUGACUUGAAACCUGAAAAUAUUUUGAUUGAUAAAUCUUACCCUGGAGGAUAUUUUAUUAUUAAGGUUGCUGACUUUGGAGUCGCAAAAUUUUUAAGACAUGGUUAUACUCAAGCAAGAACUUUAGUUGGUACUCCACAAUAUUGGGCUCCAGAGGUGCUUAGUGUUUCCAAUGGUGGAGAGUCUUAUGGUACAGAAGCAGAUUUGUGGUCUUUGGGUGUCUUGUUUUAUGUAAUGCUUGGCGGAGCUUUUCCAUUUGAUGAGAGAAAAGGUAAUUUAGAACGUUUAAUUAAAGAAGGGAAUUAUCAUUUUAGAUAUCCUCGUUUUAAAAGAGUAGGUGAACAGGCUAAACAGCUAAUUAGAAGAUUAUUAACGGUAGAUCCAAGCCAAAGGAUGACACUUUGCGAGUUAAAACAGGAUCCUUGGAUGAAUAUUAAAUGUGAUAAUGAACCAAAUAUUAUGGAGAUUCAGGAAAAUAUCUAUUCACCCCUUCCAGAAAGACAUGAAAUUGUACUCUUUAAAUCAGUCGAGGACAGCCAAAAAAUGGUUAAUAAUGUAGCUAUUACUCCAAAGGAAUCAUUUAAAAUGAUUGGAACAGUUGAGACCGGCCAAAACUUUUCUAUUCAAAAAAGAUCUGUUAAAUCAUCAAAAACAUCAUCAAUUAUGGAUAUUAAUGGUUUGCUGGACCUUCAAUUAAGUGUUGCAUAUAAACUACAUGGCAUUUAUAUUGCUUUUAGGCAUCAUCCUACGAUUUGCAGAGUCAUACAACAACAUAUACACAAGUGGAGAAUACUUCAACAGCGUUCUUAUGUUGCAAUUGGAAAGUUUAAACAGACUUGUGAGUCUGUAUUAGAUGAACUUCCUGAUUUUCUACUAGCAGUUAAUACAAACGAACCAAAACUUGCAAUUGAACUUUUAUCACAUGUAAAGAGUUUGGUAGAUGUAACUCAAAAUGAUGUAGAAGAUAUUCAGAACUCCUACAACAAUUUUCUAUUUGAUUUAUCUAAUUUUGUUGAAUCUGUUAGGGAUAUUAAAAGAAUUACAGAAACAAGUGUUAAGAGUAAUCCCUGUGAAUUUGUGAAAGGAGGCAUUGAAAGAGAAGAGACAGAAGGAAGAGACACAUCAUCUUUAACUGGAGGAAAUGUUUCAAUUGUCUCAGAGAAAAGUAAGAACAUGAUGUAUGAUUCUCACGCAAGAAGUGACUUUGAAUUAUCUUCAAUGGACAUAAGUUCAAGUGGUUUUAAUACAAAUGAAGUUGAGAGUCUUUCAAGAUCUGGAUCAAAUACCAUGAGUAACUCUAAUUUUAAUUCUAGUAAUAAUGGUUCUGGUAAUAUGACAAAAAGUGAAUUUGAUCCAAGUAUAUUUAUUGGAUACAAUUCAGCAAGAGACCGAGUAAUAAGAAAGAUCACAGAAUUAUUUUCAAAUUCGGAGAUUAAUGCUUUAUUUAGCCAUUUGGGGAAUGAAGAUUCCAAUUCAAAGAUGAUGGACAUUGAUGAAAAGAAAAAAGUUAUUGAUGAAGAAAUAGUAGAGACACCUAAUAAUAAUAAUAAUAAUUUUGCAUCAGACUUAUCUAUUCAGGUCUCUGGGAAACCACAAUUUACCCAAAAUUCAUCAUAUAUCACUACUUCUUUAUCAAGCACUAGAGACUUACUUUUGGACUUUUUAUUCCUACCUGCUAGUAUAUGUGAUGUUCCUCCAACAGGAGUGGAGUCUCUACUUCAGGAAGGAGUGGAUUUUGGGCUUCCAAAUAUAUCAAGCUUCGAUAUAACAACGGAAAAACUUCAUAGUUUGAUAAAAGAUGAUGAAGGAAGAGAAUCUUCUGUAGGUACUGCUGAAGAUAUGAUGAAUGCUAAUAUGUAUAAAAUUGACAGAGAUCUCACUAACAACAAUGCAUCAGAAUUCUCAAUUAGAUCUGGAGCUGUGAAUUUUAACUCUUCAGAGAGGCCUGACACAAUUAUGAUGACAGAGGCAGGCAAAAUUGGGGUUAGAAACAGAUUGGAGAAUGAAAAAAUUGAAUCUGGAUUUAAUGGCUUUGAUGUUAUUACAGAGAAGAGUGGUAACACAAUCCCUGGAUCAAACUCAUCUAUAAUUUAUGAUCAAAAUGCCAUUAAAAGAAGAAAUGAGAAUCAGUUAAAGAUUUCAUACAUAUUAGUAAGAGUUUUAGCACAGCUUAGAAUGAUUGAGAGUAUUCUUGGAAGAUGCGUAGCUUUUUGGGGAAAUAUGAAUAUUAUGAUAGAGAAAAUUCUCCAACUAAGACAGCAUGCUGAGAGGCUCUUAGGAUUUACAGAAAAUCCGAUUUUGAGAACAAGGUUUGACGAGAGAGUUGAAUCCUACAGGGAUUUCUGGCAGGAGCUUAGGGAUAUUUGCGACUCUUACCUUCGCUCCUCCCAAAUUAGACAACUAAGUCUUGAGAAUCAGGUACAUGAACUACUUGAUACUGCCUCCAAGGUGGAUACAGUUUUCAACAUGAAUAUGAAAUAA